AUGCGACCAAAACGAACGAAGCAAUAUAAACGCCUUAUGGCGUUAUAUUCUGCAUCGUUUGGUUUUAGAGAACCUUACCAAAUACUAGUUGACGGUGAUUUCGUGCAAACUGCCUUACGAUACAAAAUGGAUCUAUAUAAACAGCUUUGUACAGUAAUGCUCGGAAAUACAAAGCAAAUGUACACUUCUUGUACAUUGGCUGAAAUAAAAAAACUUGGCAAGGAUGAAUUUGGCACAGUUACAGCGUUAAGUAAUCUCGAGCGACGAGGAUGUAUACAUCGACAUAACCCUGUCUCAAGUGCCGAAUGCAUUGCAUCAAUUAUAGAAACCGAUAAUCCUAAUAAUUACUGUGUUGCCACACAAAAUGGAUCACUUCGUGAACGAUUUCGCGUCGUUCCUGGCGUCCCUUUAUUGUAUAUCAAUCGAUCCGUAUUAAUUAUUGAACCGCCUUCUUACGCCACAAUACAAAAAGCCAAACAGGUCGAGAGUGCAAAAACUUACAUGUCGGCUGAGGAAUUAUCUUUUUUAACAAAAACUAAUUCUGAUACAGCAAAAAGACAAGCUGGAGCAGAGAAACCAAAAAAGAAACGUAAAGGACCGAAACAACCUAAUCCUCUGAGUUGUAAGAAGAAAAGGAUAAAGGUUGUACCUCAAAGGACUAAAAAUGAAAUUAAAGAGCCAACCAACAAAAAGCGAGCGCGUGAGGAUGAUCAUGAAGAACAUACUGAUUUGAAUAAAGAAGUAAAUAAUGAGAAUCAGGGAAGGUCGCAAAUGCAAACGACAAGAAACAAGAAGUCGACAAGAAUGAUCAGAUAA